CAAUCACGGGCGCAGUCCUUUUUCUUGGGAGUGAGUUAGUUUUGAGAGGAUCUAUCGAACAAAAUCUUCAGUCAACACUCUCCUGACCUCUCGAAAACGCAUCCUCACAAUGGCAACUCACUCGUCUGUGUUCCUUGACGUCGAUGAGAAUGAACGACAACCUAGCCUCCACCGGUCACGAUCAGGUGGAUAUGUAGACCAUCUGGAAGAGCAAGUCAAGUUCGACAGGCGUGACUGCGAACGACAGAUGAAGCGUUACCAUGACGGUCGAUAUGGAUCAGCUUCGACUCCACAGCACUCCUCUCCAUCUGAUCGCCUCCGCGUUCCGAUAUUUGAGACUAACACCAGGAGAAAUCGCUCAAACUCAGAAACCGGGAAGCGACAGGACGAAUCCUCGUCAAAAUACAACGUACAAGAAGUUCGACCCGGACCGAGACCAGUAUACGACUACGACUUGACCAGUGAACCUGUACUACCAAGUCAGGUAGCGCUGCCACGGAGACCGCCACAACAGAAAAGGCCAAGUAUUAAGGUGGAGAUACACCAAGACAACCCACCGUCUUCAAAUACAACUACCCAAACACCCAGAAGGAGUCCUAGUGCAAGUCCAAGAUCUCCCACCGCACAGCCGCAGCUGCAGUACCAGUACGCGACACUGCAGAACACGCUUGCCCAAGUCAGCACGACAUGCGCAGUGUAUCUGAAAGUCGAGGCAGCAGAUGCACGAGACUUAACAUUUACAAAGAUCGCAGAGCAGGUCAAGGGAUACGCGUUCGACCUACAAGUGUGGGCUCAUGUUGUAGGUCUGAAUAGCAUGGCCCAGAUCGACUCACGGAAGAGAACGAUCGUCGAAGCUGCAUCACUAAAUCUGGAUCGCUUGAUCGAGCGUGUAACAGAGCUGAAUGCUGUAUGUUCGGAAGCGAAGCCGAAGGACCUCAAGUAUGGAGCACUGCCCGAGGUAGACGAUGAGACGAUGUUCGACAAUGAAGACGAUGACCGAAGCAGGAAUGAGGCAGACGCGACUGAGACCAUAGGCUUCAUCAUCCACUCCAGUCUCCAAAGCAUUGAGCUACAAAUCCAGACCCUAAAGCGGCUAUCACGUUCUCUGCAGGAGGCAUCACCGGAUGCAAAGGACGAAGUGGUUGGAGUUGCUUCUUUGGUCGAGGAGAUAGCGCAGUACUUCGGCUCGCAAGACGCGUUGGACCGGUAUGCUGUAGAUACCAAGUUCGCUGGCGGGAAAGCUUUGGACGAGGCCAGAUACGCUGCUGCAACACACUGA